AUGACUCGCAACGUCUGCAUCACCGCCAUCGAUGGCCAGACCGGCUUCCUCAUCGCCGAACUCCUUCUCAAGGAGGGCAAGUUCGCCAAGCAAAUCGACAGCAUCACCGGCCUCGCCCUCAACCCUGCCAACCCCAAGUGUCAGGAGCUCGAGUCUCUCGGAGCCAAGAUUGUUCCCCACAAGCCCGGCCGCGAGCGCAUGAUGAUCAAGACCCUCAAGGAGGUCGGCUGCGACACCAUCUGCGUGAUCCCCCCCGCCCACAAGGACAAGGUCGACAUCACCAUGGAGCUGUGCGAGGCCGCCAAGAAGGCCGGCGUCCAGAACGUGCUGCUCAUCUCUGCUGCCGGCUGCGACUACGCCGAGCGUGAAAAGCAGCCCCGUCUGCGCGAGUUCAUUGACAUCGAGGCCAUCGUCUUGAGCUCCAAGGGCGACCCGGACGUCGAGCUGGGCCACUCGCCUUGCGUCAUCCGCGCUGGUUUCUACGCCGAGAAUCUGCUGCUGUACACUCAGCAGGCCCAGCUGGAGGGUACCCUCCCUCUACCCAUCGGCGAGAACCACAAGUUUGCGCCCGUUGCUCUCGGUGACAUCGCCCACGUUGCUGCUCACGUCCUCGCUGGCAAGGGCAAACACGGCUUCGAUGACCGCCACCGCGGCCAGAUGAUGGUCGUCACUGGUCCUAUGCUUUGCGCUGGAAAGGAACUGGCUGAGGCGGCUAGCCAGGCUGUUGGCCAGAAGAUGGAGUUUGAGAACAUCUCCGAGCGCGAGGCCAAGCGUGUUCUCCAGGCCCAGGCCGAUAUCGACGACUCUGAGAAGGAGUACCUCCUCGAAUACUACAGCUUGGUCCGCGAGGGCAAGACCAACUAUGUCGCCACUACUGCCUUCCACGAGGUCACCGGCGAGCAGCCUACCCAGCCGGCCGACUUCUUCCGCAUGUACAGCCAUGAGCUGCGUCCCAAGAAGAAGGUCAAGACUGAUGCUUAA